AUGCCCUCAUACGCUAAGUUUCUUAAGGAGAUAUUAUCUAACAAGAAGAAGAUCGAGGAUAACAAAACCAUUACACUUACUGCUGAGUGUAGCGCUAUAAUUCAAAAUAGUAUGCCUCCUAAGCUGGAAGACCCAGGGAGUUUCUCCAUAGCCUGUGUAAUAGGAAAGUUUGUUAUAGACAAAGCUCUAUGCAACUUAGGAGCCAUUAUUAGCUUAAUGUCGUUGUCCAUAUACGAAAGGCUUAAAAUGGGAGAGUUAAGGCCAACUAAGAUGUCUGUACAACUAGCUGAUUGUUCUAUUAAAUUUCCCGUAGGUAUGCUAGAGAACAUUCCAAUGUGCAUAGGUCAAUUCUAUAUUCCUACUGAUUUCAUAAUCAUGGACAUAAAGGAGGAUUCCAAUAUCCCUAUCAUAUUAGGAAGACCGUUCUUAGCUACUGCCAGAGCCAUUAUAGAUGUAAAGAAAGGAAAGCUAACCUUUAAAGUUGGGGAUGAAGUUGGUGGAGCGGGCGUGUCUUCUGAAAAGGCACAAGCUUUUGAAAUGGUUAAGGUCAUUGAAGUUGGUGUGGAAAAUGCAGAGUCAGAAGAAUGGGCUUUUGUUUCCAUAGGUUAA